GCACCCAUCCAAGGCAUUCCUAUGGAGAUCCAGCUGCAGGAAGAUACUUCUUGAUUUAUCAAAAUGGAAGACUGUCUUCAUACAUCUUCAGAAAACCUCUCCAAAUUAGUGAGUUGGGCUCAUAGCCAUGGGACAAUUUGUAGCCUUAUUCCAAACCUGAAGCACUUACUUUCUGAGGGCUCCCAUGGAACUCUUACAGCUAUGUGGGGAUGCAGUGCUGGGCAUGCAUACCACUGGCCAUUGACUACAACCUGCAGGGCUGGCCCUCAGGAGAGAGUGUGCUUCCAAGACAGUAGAAGCUUUAACUCAGACAGUCCUAGUAUCAUUGGUGUGCCCUCAGAGACUCAGACAAGUCCAUUGGAUAGGUACCCUGGGAGACCAGUAAAAUCAAAACUUGACUGCAAUAUAACAAGAGACUCCUGUGACUUUUCCUACUGUAGUGAACCUUCAGAGCUGGAUGAGCCUGUAGAAGAAUUUGAAGAUGAAACCACAUUGUUUGACAUGGUGUGUGAAUCUUCUGUAACAGAUGAGGACAGUGACUUUGAACAAGUCCAGCAGUCACCUAGUGUUUCCCGCAAGAGGUCCAGUGGUGGUGUUAACUCUUGUCUUUCUGGAUCUCAGUCGCACAUUGUGGAUGAGGACAGUAGUGAUGUGAUUGUGAAAAAAAUUAAACAGGAAAAACCGGAAGACUACUAUAUUGUUGCUAAUGCAGAACUUACUGGUGGUGCUGAUGGUCCCUCACUGGCGCUAACACAGAUGGCCAAGCCGAAGAACCAAACUGCCACCACAACCCCUUUUGUGGGACAAUCCAAGCCACUGAACAUUUUUCCCCCAUCCCUAAAUAACGAGCUUGAAGUUCAAGCUAUUGCACCUUCUCCACUGAUCCUGCAAAGGCCCACAUCUCAAAAGCCUGUGAGACCACCAUUGUCCUCCCAAAGCAAAAUACCAUCUAAUCCUCCAGCUGUCAAUCAGCAGAAGGGAAUACAAAUGCCAGUCAGUACGUCCACAGGAAAUCCUAGCCAACCUAUUAACAUACCUUUAUCAGCACUUCAGUUGCCAGGACAGGAAAAGAAAGAAGUCUCUGAAGACCUUCACCCACCUGUACUGAAACCAGCAUUGUCCUGUGACAUGGCACUCUCCCCAUCAAUGAAUGCAGAGCCUGAAGUUAGUUCCAGCCAGCAGCAGCCAAAUACCAUCCCCAAUGUCAGCUCUGAGGCAGCAGCACAGUCCAUUCCAGAUGAAGAUGAGAUCACAGCUGAGCUGAAUCGAGAACAGAAUGAGAAAACAAUUCGUAGCACACAAACAGCCCUACGCAACUUCAGGGAGUUCAUUAUUUCCAAAUACCCCAUGGAAACCAGAGAAAUCUACAUGAUGCCUGGCAAGGAAUUAGAUGACUACCUGGCUUCCUUCUUUGUGGAUGCUAGGCAGAAAGAUGGAUCUGAUUAUGAGCCAAAUAGCUUAGCCAACUAUCAAUGUGGCCUGGAAAGGUACCUGAAAGAGCAUCGGUAUAGUUAUAGCAUUACCAGAGACAAAGAGUUCAAAAGAUCUCAAGACGCUUUAAAGCAAAAGCAAAUUGAAUUGCGAUGUAAAGGAAAAGGAAACAAACCACACAAGUCCAUGAAACUCACCUUUGCUGAUGAACUUAUCCUUAGAAAGAGAGGUCUGCUUAGUCGAUAUAAUCCUGAGGGUCUACUGAAUCUUGUUUGGUUGAAUAACACCAAAGCUUUUGGACACUGCACUGGCUUUCAUGGCUCAACACUUAAAUGGGGGGACGUCAGACUUCGAGUACUGGAGACUGGACUUGAAUUUCUUGAGUGGAUGGGUCAGGAAAGCCCCGAUGCUAAGGUCAAGAGAGCAGGGACAGAAUGCAGAGUUUAUGCCACCCCACAUUCCCCACAAACCUGUCCUGUUCAGGACUACAAGGAAUAUGCACAAAGGCGGCCUCCAGCUAUGCGUUAUGAAGAUGCUCCUUUCUAUCUUUCCAUCAAGCCUGUGGUCAAUUUAGCUGCUCUUCACUGGUACAACUGCCAGGCUCUUGGCAAAAAUAAAUUAGCCAAAAUGGUGAAAACAAUGUGUGAAAAGGGUAACAUUCCUGGAAGAAAAACAAAUUUCAGCGUGUAUCAAAGUUGUAGUACCCUGUCAGAAGCCCAAAGCAAUCAGCUAGUGCUGAUCUGUAACAAUUUGAGCCAGCAAGCUGCCCAGUCUAUGGCUAGUCACUCUGGGACAGGAAACUUUAUUGUCUCAGCCUCUUAUGACUCUUCUUCAGACACUGGAUGCAUUACUGCAGCAUACUCAACCAAGCUCAACAGAUUCCCAAUCUUUCAUUUCCACGAUGACCUGAAGGAUCUGUGCAUCAGCGCAGUGAGCUCAAAUACGACCAAAGCGACCCUGUAUGCUUUAAAUGUAUGGCGGUACUGGUGUAUGACAAGAGGGCUUAAGGACUGCAUGGACUUCACCAAGGUUCCUGCAGUGAAGCUAAAUGAACUUCUAGAAGAUUUUUACGUGACCGUAAAAAAAACAGAUGGGUCGGAUUUUUUGGCCACUUCACUCCAUGCAAUACGUAGAGGAUUAGACCGGAUCUUGAAGAAUUCCGGAGCUGGGUUUUCCAUCACUAGCAGUGUCUUUAAUUCUUCAUCUCAGAAACUUAAAGAGAAGUUAAGAAUGCUUAACAAAGCGGGAAUGUCAGGCUCCCGAUCACGCAACAUUGUCUAUUUCUCGCUAGCCGAUGAAGAGGAGAUGUGGAGGACUGGGUGUCUAGGUGACGAUGGGCCUGUCUCUUUGUUGUCCUCCGUGGUAAAGUACAAUAGUCAGUUCCUAAACAUGAGGACUUUACAGGAACACGCUGACCUAAUGUACGGAGAUAUUGAAUUACUCAAGGAUGCAAAUAAUAGACCUUUCUUUGGUAGAACAGAUAGUGUGAAAAGAGACAAGCAAGCAAAUCCCAGUAAAAUGUGUUAUGGACAGAUCUACCAUGAACAUUCAAAGGGACAACAAAGAUGUCCUUACUGUCUCCUUUAUAAGUACAUGUAUACCCAUCGUCCUCCAUCUCAGAUGGAACCAAACGCACCAUUUUACCUAACUGCUCGAAAAGAGGUCAGCGUAAUGGAAAAAAUCUGGUAUGACGAACAAAGAAUGGGGCUAAGAUCUUUGCGUGGUGUUGUCCCAAAGAUGGCCAAACGUGUGAAGCUAGACAACUGUGAUAAUUAUACAUUUGUUUCAUUUACUCAAACAUUCAGAAAGUAUGGUCCAGUCAAUAACUAUUAA